AUGUGGGUGUGCAUCUCUGAAAACAUUGAUGUCAAAACUAUUUUGAAGAACAUGUUGGAGUCAUUGUUGAAUGUAACAACAGAUGAAAACUUAUCAUUAGACAACUUGAAAAGUAACCUCCAUCAAAAUUUAUCUGGAAGAAAGUACUUGUUAAUCCUAGAUGAGAUUUGGAAUGAGAGUCAUCAUAAAUGGAUUGAAUUGAGAACUUACUUGAUGUGUGGUGCUGAAGAUAGUAAGAUUCUAGUGUCAACUCGUAGUAAAACUAUGGCUCAGACAAUGGUUGUUAGUGAUCCCUGUGUUUUUAAUGGUUUGACUUCACAAGAAUCACGGGGUUUGUUAACGAACAUCGUUACAUAUGGGAACAAGGUCGAAGGAGUGAAUCAAACUCUUGAAUCAAUUGGUAAAAAGAUAGUAGAAAAGUGA